AUGCACGGAUGCCCCAGGCCAUGUCUCCCACAAGAGGAGAAGUGUGUGAAGUUUGGUCCCGUGUAUCCGGGCAUGAAAGCAGUGCUGUGGGUGCGCAACGAUGGCAUGAGGAAUCAUCCGCAAUGGUUCCCCGAGUUGUCCAGUGGCUCCAGCGACUUGGAGAUCGCCAAGGUGCUCUACCAGCACGGCAACAAGGAAACCCCACGCGUUUGUCAGGAUGAUGAGGAGGAGGGCCAUUUUGUGCCCGCCGAACAAUGGGACGCUUUCAAGCGCAAGAGUGCCAAUCCGCAGCCAAAACAGGCGGCACAUCUCGAAAAGCCUUUCUUGAACUGUGGAUCCCAUGGGAUUGGUUUCUCCGUGCUGGACUUUGAGGGCCAUUUCCCGGUCACAAAGCCUUCCAGCUAUGCAUGUCGCACGCACUGUGCCGACGAGAAGGCCACCUAUUUCAACUACUAUGCGCCCACCCAGACAUGUCACUGCCCUCCACCCACCGCAAAGAUGGUGAAAGAAAUUGUGGAGGAGAACAUCGGUGGGAAGGUGCGCUGUGCCAGCACGGAAUACAUCAAGAAACUCGAAACCUCGGAGCACGCAGAGCCCGCUGUCUAUGAAGCAGUCGCUUUCGCAGUGCCCCUGCUGCUGAUGAUGGUGUUCAUGGUGGCUGCAGUGGCUGCCAUUUCUCUGUCAAGGAAGCGAUGUCGACAGCUUCAGACACUGUCCGAGAGCGGCCUUGUUGCCGCAGAGACCGGCGAAGCCGUGGGCGAGGAAGGACACGAACGUAUACUGAUGAUGGGAACGCUGCUGCAUGAGACGACGAGCGAGAUGGAUUUCUGA